AUGGACAAAACCAACGUACUCACAAUAACAAACGUUGAAUAUGUUGGCUAUCGUAAAUUAAGUUUCACGUGCAGUACUGAAGAAUUGCAAACCUUCAUCACUUCAGCUGCUCCAUUAAUUCCGUUUUCCUCAUUACCAUUAAGAACCGAAAAAGAUUUAAGGGAUGCUGUUAUCAAUAAUUAUAUAUCCCUAAUUGAUAGUGGCAUCCCUUGUUUAUGGAGAUAUUCCGAGGGAACAAACCUCGAACACAUCUACAACCACGGUGAGAUAACUCGUGAGCUAUGGGUUUUCUGGUUGGGUUCUGAUGUUCCUGCUGUUUUGGCAGAUUUAUACAAAAAAGAAGAUUUUGUUCAUCAUUGUGAUGGUACAAUUUCAUUUGAUAAUUACGAUCGGGAAUUGGAGGCAUAUGGAUUAUUUGUAUCGGCGAUGAAGAAUAUAACAAACCGGUCUUUAAUUAAGAUGGGUGCUCUCCCAGUAGGCGAAUGGUGCACAUUUCCUACAAAAACACAAGAUUUAUAUGACAGGCAUGAUAAAAAUCUCUUCAAAUAUACUAGUAUGCGCCCAAUUAGAAGAUCAGAUCUUGAAUUAGACGAGAUUUCUAUAUUAUUAGCACCAUCAGGAAUCACAGCAUCACUAUUACCAAUAAAAAAAUAUAAAGAGGAAGAUGCUAAUGCCAUCACAGAUGAUUUUGAAAGACUUUUUUCAAUAAAAUUAUCAACAUUAGAUUGUACCGAUUUACCACAAAUAAUGGAUGUAAAGAUAACUCAUGACAACAUAAUCAAAGAAUUUCCAUACCCAACGCAAUGUAUUUACGUAAUAUCUGAGUUAAAUAUGGGUUAUCAACGUGGCAUCUCCGAUGUUGGUACGGCUCCACAAUUCUGGAAUAAUAAAAAAACUGAAUUAUAUAAUACUGAUUGGUGGAAUUACAAAGAUCCUACACGUGAAGCUCAAAAGACAUUAUUACAGAGAAAUCAUAUUGAUCACAAUGGUCAAUCGCCAUCAGGUGUAGAAACUUCAAUGACUCCGAAUACUCCCGGUCUUGCUAAUAAUGCUACUUCAAAUGUCAACUCACCCGGUCACAACAAUUUAUCAUCACCAUCAUCGUCACGAACUAAAAAACGUUCAUCAGGAGAAACAAAAGCAUCAUAUCCAUCACCGCCUGAUUUGCAAGCAUCUUCAUCAUCAUCAAAUGAUUUAUUACCGUUAAAUGAUGAAUAUGGAAUGAUGGAUGAAGUUUUUGGUUACGAUGUUGAUAUAAUUGAACAAGAGAUUACUGAAGAUGACUUUGAAAUGUUCGAUACUAUGAAUGAGCCCAAAAAAAUCACUACACAACCAGUAAAUACCACACAUAAUCUUACUGCUACUAUUUCCAUCACCACUGUUACUACUGCUGCAUCUACUGAACUAUCAAAUAAUAUGGUAAUUGAAACCCCACAAAUACCAAAAGAAAAAUUGAUUCAUCAAAAAAUAUUAAAAGACUUGGAGUUUGUUACAGAAAGAAACCCGUUAGUUCCUGACGAGUGGGCACCAUUGAAAUUUAAUAAUCCUGAUAAUCACAAAUUUCAACCAGGUGGAAGUUAUUGGACAGUUGUCAAUGAUAAGAAAAGAAAAAGAAGUUUUACAUAUACACCUGAUUACAAGCCUCAACAUUUACAAGCUAAAAAACCUCGUCUAGAAAAAGAAAUUGCUAAUGACAAUUUGGCUAGUUCUGAUGAAAGUAGUAGUGGUGAUUAUGAUUCAGACGAUUAUAGUACUGAUUCAUCAAUCGAUUUCAAUGAUCGUGCAGAAACCAAUCUACAAGACUGCGAUAGAAGCAGUCGAAAUUUGGGAUUUGUUAAUUCAGCCAGAUUCAUGUCAGUUAUAGCUACGCUUAGUCUUUUUGCAUUGGCAUUAGACUCCCUUCGUGAUCAAGUUGCAUUAGGUUCUUAUCCUUUUGGUGUUGGACUUAAAGGCGAAGGUGAAAGUAUAUCAGAACUUGUAGAUUCAAAACAACGUUUGAUGCAGGCACUUAAAGGAGAGUUGCCAGUUGCUUCUGCUCUUCCUUGUGAAAUUGACGAUGUUACGAAUUCAUUUAAAGAAGUAGUCAAUGAUGUUUGUAAAAAAUUACCCAAAUCAGAAACACUUAAAGAAAUCACAGUUAAAGGACCUCUUACACUUAAUGCAUAUUGUGACUUAAUUGGAACAGAAUAUUUGAACAAAGGUGAAGGUGAAGUCCCUUUAUCUUUUCUUGAAGAACUCCCAACUCCUGAUAUUACAGUUGCAGCUACUGAAGGUUCAAAUGAAUAUUUGAUUGAUUGUUCACCGGAAAUUAUUCAAUACUGGGACAAGCAUAAUAUUAUCCCGUAUGAUGGAAAGAAAAAUAUCAGAUAUUAUGUUCUUUAUCCGGACAAUGAGCAUCUACGUGAUUAUGUUAAAUCAUUUUUUGAUAGAUUAAGUAUUCAUUAUGAGAUGUGUUCCUUGGGUUCACACAAAUCUGCCGAGAUGAACGGUACCUUUCAUGGACUUAUUCCUAUUUUUCUUAAUCAACCGGUUCUUGGCGAAUCUGAACUCAAUCGAAGAAUUAAAAGUUAUGAAGAUCGUUUUUCAAUAUUUGGCAAAAAAUAUCUGACAAAAAUGAUUGAUCCAUAUCAAAACGAACAUAUUGUCAUCUAUAUUGUGAACCCAUUCAACCAUUCAUCAGCAAAUUAUGAUGUUAUGUAUAGUUUUGUAAGACUUAUUAUGGAAUUCAAAAAAGAACUGGGGAGUCGGUUGAACCAAAAAAUCAUCGAUAAGAUUAUACCUCAGAUAGUACCAGCUGAACACAUUAUCACUUAUGGCGAGACUAUUUUCAAUACUGCACACGAUAAACAACUUCUUCAGCAAUUAGCAUUCAGUAAUUAUAAAGUGCCAUUUGUAUUACCCAAACCUGACGUUAUCGAUGUCAAAUUUCAAUCAUAUAAAGAAGUAAUGCAACAAAAAUUAAUAAAUAAACAAACGAGUCCGCUAAAAUAUGAUACAGUAUUACAUAUGUCGUAUGGUUACAGCAUUGAUCAAAAAAUUAUUUUUGUUGUAUGGAUUGACACGGAAGGAAAGAAUUACGGAAGCACAUCAAUAACAACACAUUUUGAUAAAGAACGACAAACGAUCGAUACAGAGUUCUCACUCAAAGAGGCGUGGAAACGUACACAUGAGUUCUGGGGGAAAUCUGGUAAACAUAGACGUAUCAUUAUAACGAAAGCAGGUGAAAUGAGUAAAGAAGAAGUUAAUAUUUGGAUAAAUUUGACUGAAGGAAAAUAUGCAAUAUUUUGCAUGAAUAUCGAAUCAAAACUAAAAUUCUGUCCUCAGACCUCAAAAGAUGAUUAUAGAAAAGUAUGUGGCUUAACUUUAAAACAUCCAAUACCACUUUAUGAUUUUAAACCACUGGCAAGUGGUUAUAUAUUAGAAGUAAAUCGUAAUGAAUGUUUAUCAAAUGGUGUUCAGGUCGAUCUGGUGUAUAAUCCUUCUGAUGCUGGUAACGAUAACGAGACUUUAUGGGAAUGUGUUCAACAUUUCCAUCAAUUAGUAUAUAUGGAAGUUUCACCGAAAAAAACUACUCUGCCAUUUCAUAUACUGACGAUAGAAAGGUUGAUUAGAACUUUUGUUGGUGUUUCUUUAUAA